AUGGAGGUAAAGAACGGGUUAAACAGCCCUGGUUUCACAGUGAAAGGCGAUGAAGCCCCUCAGGCCUACAGAGUCGAGCCAAGCGUCGAAAAUCCAGGCGGCCAGUUUGGAGGAUCGACCGCUCCGCCUGCUACGGCGGCGCCGCCACCAAGCACCGCCGCGCCGGCGCAGGUGCCGUCGACGGAAAUGAAGAAGAGAAGGGGUAGGCCAAGAAAGUACUCAGGAGAUGGUUCUGCUGUGGCACUGUCACCCAUGCCUAUAUCUGCUUCCAUUCCCUUCGCCGGUGAUUAUUCUUCAGCUUGGAAGCACAGUGCGAGCCGGCCAGUUGACGCUUUCAAGAAAAAGCCCAAGUUGGAGCUUGAAAAUUCAGGGAUGAAAAUUAACAGGCAGCUGACAAAACCUGAAAACAGGUUCCGUCAUCACUCUUCCCUGCUGCUUGAGAAUUUUAUUAUGCUUGUUUAUGUUCUAUACCCUGUUAUCUUCCAGAUAAUUGAUUUUGUUGCACUUAUCUUUAAUCAAAAUGACUGGAUAAGUAGCUCCAGCCGAAAAAGUCAGAUCGGAAAGUCAAGUGGAAGUUUUAUACCUCAUAUGCUAACUGUAAACACUGGCGAGGAUAUCAUGAUGAAGAUAAUAUCAUUUUCUCAACAGGGGUCCAGAGCCAUUUGCAUUCUGGCUGCAAAUGGCACAAUCUCAAAUGUCACACUUCGUCAACCCAAUUCUUCUGGUGGUACUUUAACCUAUGAGGGUCGUUUUGAGAUCCUUUCUCUUACAGGAUCAUUUAUGCCUAGUGACAAUGGGCUUACGAAAAGCAGAUCUGGCGGGAUGAGUGUCUCCCUAGCUGGGCCCGAUGGCCGCGUAAUGGGUGGAGGAUUAGCUGGCAUGUUAGUUGCUGCAGGCCCUGUCCAGAUUGUUAUUGGAAGUUUCCCUCUUCCGGGACAACAACAGCAAGAGCAGCAAAAACCUAAAAAACCGAAUUAUGAGCAUACAAUAUCAUUCACUCCCGUUGAUGCAAAUCCUAUUUCUGAGCAUAGAUAUGAGGCAUCAUCCUAUAAUGGGCCUAAACCAAAUUUGACUGCAUCAGCUUCGUUCAACUUGGCUAAUGUAAACUCUACUCAUGGGCCCCAUGGGCCCAAAAUCACAGACAAUCACGAACACAAUGCUACAUUGCCCGGAGGAGAUUCUAGGGAGCCCAGCCAUGUUAACCAUGAAAUAACAUCCUGAUUGUGUGUAUUCUAAGUUCGAUUAUUUGUGUUUGUAUCCUUUAGAACUUUCUCUUUUCGUUGGUGUAAGUUUUAGGCUCACUGUUUCUGACCCGCCUCUCGAGUUACUGCCGAGCAGAGUUAGUGCAUGAGUGUCUGUUUGACCUGAACUUAUUGUUUCUCGUUUAGGUACCAGAUUAGGAUGGCCCCCAUUUUAGGAUUUCUUUCGUGCUGUCUCUGUCGAUUUUUGUACCGUGUAACAUUACUAUGUAUGUUAGUUGUAUGAAACUGGAAUUAAUGUUUUGAAAUUGCUUGUAUUAGUCCCAAAUUGAACAUUUAAUGCUUGUCCUGACCAUACAGGUGGUUUAUUGGACUUGUUGAAAAUUUGCAGUGUUGCUGAAUAUGUG